CAUUAUAAGCAAGAUAAUGCCUAAUAGAUUCUACUUAAAAUAAUGAAGAAUCUUGGGCCGAAAUAUUCUCUGAAGACAAUUAUUCCGGUUUGUUUCGCUGUCAUCGUAUUAGUAUUAGGGAUUCAGGUGCUCACCAAUAAUGUCAUUAGAGAAAGUAUCGAAAAACUUCUCAUCGCUAACACCUUGAAGCCAGCGAACGGAACCGAAAUGACACACACUUCCCCCGAGAUGGAGGACUUGUUUUUCCACCCUGACCUCGUGGGCAAAGACAUGCGAGACGAGGCCGUCAUCCAGGCAGCUCGAGAAGCCCUCAUCGCGCCCGCCCGAGAGGGUCCUUACUACCUUGACAACCCGCGCCAGGUGUUCUACUCCCAGCACGGCCAAGACCAAUACGUUGCAGCGAUUUUCAAUAAUACGGAAAGAGGCUUCUUCUUCGAAGUAGGAGCGUUGACGGGAGAGAGCUUAUCUAACACGCUGUUCCUCGAACUGGACCUCGGCUGGACGGGCGUUCUGAUGGAGCCCACGCCCGUCAGCUACCACGUCCUCAAGAGCAAGAACAGAAGAGCGCACAUCAUGCGGGCGUGCCUCGCUCCCGACACCAGCUACAGGGAACCUGUCUUUGAUAUCGCAGGGGAGGCGUGGGCCAAUACCCUCAUGAAUGCGGAGAAGACAGAAGAAUCCUUGCGGGUUCCAUGCUAUCCUUUGUACAGCAUCCUGGCAGCGCUGGGCAAUCCUGUGAUAGAUUACAUGUCACUCGACGUCGAGGGCGUUGAAAUGAAGGUGCUGAAGAGCAUCCCGUGGGAUGACGUGAAGAUCAGAGUGAUCACCAUCGAGAUCUUCUUAAUUCCUGAAGGCCCUGAAGCGCUCAGGACGUUCAUGGAAGAUAAAGGCUUCAAGUUUAUAAAGCAACUCAACCAAGACUAUUUGUUCAUCAAUAAACAACUCAGUGGAGGUUUGAACUUAAAUUUCGCAACCUGAGAAGCUCCGGGUCGCCUGCCGAAUACCACAACUGCCCUGGAUGUAA